AUGGUUGCUGCAUGUAAAGAUAUUGAUUUAGAUACUCCAAUCCUUGAUCGGGAGCCGAAAUCACAGCAACAAUCACCUUCGAGAUCUAUCAAUGGAGCGAAAUACAGUCGCAAGAGGACGCCUGAAGAACCUAUUAACAGGCCCAAGAAGAAGAAGAAGACCACGAAGGGAGAAGUGGCUGAUACACCCUCAGCUACGUUAACAGACCAACCUCCACCUGCCAAGGAUCACAGUGGCCUCUUCAUGGUCGACACCAACCCCAGCGAUGUCAAAGAUCUGUUACGUAGUUUUGAAGCAAUGUCCGAGCGGCCUCCUGCAAAGAAACGAAAACACUCAGGGCCUGAGACACUGCCCGUUCCUUCGACAGUCGUCCAAUCCUCUCCAGAGACAGCCCAACCUUCGAAGAAGCGUAUCAAGGUUGAGCAUGCGGACGGAAUACAAGAGGAUACCAGUAAGGAGGCACCUCACCACACGGCGUUUGAAGCAAAGGUCGAGCUGCGUCUCAGGGAAAAGGAGGAUUUACGUAAGAAGAGAGCCGACAAGAAGCGUAAACGCAACAGCGAGGUAUCGGUUGUUGAGAGCUCCCAGGUCAAAAGUGAGGACACCACCAACGAGCAGCAACUUCCUAUCACUAGUGGCUUGCCCAAAAAGGCACGCAAGAGGCAACGAAAAGCAGCCGAAGAGGAAAAGAAGGCCGAGACAGCCAAGGCAGAUGAGAUCUCUCCACGGAGCAAUGGUCAGGAAAACAAGACUGACCACGCGACUCCUGCGAACGGAAACACAGUAAAACAACUGGAAGAACAUGGAAAGAAAAAACUGCGAAAGCGCAAGCAGACGUAUGAUCCGACCAGGCCCGAAGCCGUUACAAAUUCAAACAUCUUCGAUGCCCAUGACCCUUCAAGAACCCCGAUAAGCAAGCAGGAAUUCAAGAUGCAAACACUGUUAACACAAUACUACCAGACGCUACGACAACGGGGACCAGUGGUAGAGGUAGCCGUUUCUGACGAUGUAGAGCUUGCAGUCACCGAUGAGAAAGUCUUGAGUGAUCCUGCCAGUGAAGGCGCAACGGGCACGAAGCAAAAUACAGAGACAGUUGCAGACUUGAAGCAUGCAUGCUUGGGCGAUCGGGAGAUCUCAAAGAGAAGACACACAAGAGUCGAUAUCUAG